AAACUUCCCAGAAGAAACCAGAGAACACAUGGGACUAACUUUGGGGGGAUUUAAGGCAUGUGGUUGUCUGCAAACUCAGUCAUCUGAUCUCUAGUUGUAUUUUGGCCGUGCCUGGUUUAAGAUCGAUGACUGUUUUCUUCUUAUUUUGGUCUGGCCUGGUUUAAGAUCGAUCACUGUUUUCUUCUUAAUUUGGCCACCAACAAUAUUGUGUACGAUUUUGUGAAGUUGUAAUGGUGUUAAUUGUUUAUUAAUUAUUGUUUAUCAUAAUGAUUUUUUUAUGUUGAUAUGCAAUUAAAUAGUAAUAAAGCAUAGAUUUGGAGAAGAGAAGUCGCUUUCUUUGAUGGGUUAAGGAAUUAUUUGUAAUAUCUUUGUUGAUGAAACCAGAUGGUUUAUGUUGCUUCUCUGUUGAGAAACAGAUAGCCGACACCAACCUCCUUUCACUAUUUUUUCCUCAGUUGGAUACAAUCUUCCCAUUUGCACUUAUCCAUCCAUACACAGAGAAAACCCCUAUCCUUUUACUCAUCAUUUUCCUAUAUUUCUUUUCAUUUUCAGUCCUUCUCAAACCCUAUCUGGGAACAAGAGAACAUCAUUUCAAGUUUCGACCUUUUCUUUUUUUACCGAAAAAUAGCCCUGCGAUGAAGAGUUUGCUACUGCAUGCAGUUCCAAAUAUUGAAACAGAUUGUACUGGUUUUGAGGUUUUAGAGGAAGAGCAAAUUCUGGGUAACGGAGAAAGACAGAUCUGGCUUGAUAGACCGCAAGAUGACCUUCUUGAUAUUGAUGAAGCUUCAAUCUUUUGUGGAGACUUUCCUCUACCUGACUUCCCUUGCAUGUCGUCAUCUUCCUCUUCUUCAUCGAAUCCGGCAGUGGUGAAGGCCAUUGGUAGCUCUUCAUCUUCAGCAACUUCUUCUUCUGCAGCAUCUUGGGCAGUUUUAAGGUCUGAUGUAGAAGAAGAUGAGAACAAAAAGAAUCAAAAUGAUAAUCAAAACCAUUCAGUAGAUGCACCACUGACUUUUUCAUCUUCUGCCUCCAUGGAGAUUAACCAGCUGCCUAACUGUAUCGAUGGCGGUGAUUGCAUGAUGGAGAAUUUUGGGUUCAUGGAUCUGCUUGAUAGCAAUGAUUUGUUUGAUCCUUUGUCUUUAUUUCACCAUGAAGACAUCCCUCUUGAAAAGUUUCAACAGGACAAUAAACCCCCUCAGGAACAGCCACAGCAAGAACAUACAGAGUUUAUGAUACAGAACAACAAUGGAGAUAGUCAUGAAGAAGAGGCGUCAGAUGACUUGGCCAUGGUAUUCUUGGAAUGGCUUAAGACAAACAAGGAAACCGUUUCAGCUGAAGACUUGAGGAGAGUAAAAAUCAAGAAAGCUACCAUAGAGUUUGCUGCCAAGCGUUUGGGUGGAGGAAAGGAAGCGAUGAAGCAACUCUUGAAACUUAUACUUGAAUGGGUGCAAACUAAUUGUCUCCAAAAGAGAAGCAUGAGGGAAUCGGCCUCCAAUUUCCAAAACCCUAACCCUAUCUCAAACUCAAGCCUUAAUUGCAAUCCUAUCCCGCAUGAUCAACCCAACCCUUCUUUUUCCCGGUCGCCAUGGAUCAGGCAGCCGUCUUACAUUCCUGAUCCUGCAACUGUGGUGCCCAGUUUUCUACCUAUGGCUGGUUACAUGGGUGACCCAUUUGCAAAUGGAGCUUUUAAUAUGAAUAUCCACAGUUACCCUCCCCAUUCAGAAUAUCAUAUGCUUGAUUCUGAUCAGUCAUGGCCAUCUUCUCAGUUUUGUAUGCCUUCUCAUUACAACUCGUUUACGGAUAACAAUCUGCACCCUUCUCCUUCCCAUCCAUAUGGAUUCACCGGAUAUGGGAGUCAGUACCCUUACCCAUAUGUUCAUGGGUCUGGAGAUCAAAGGUUGAUGAGGUUAGGUUCUUCUGCCACCAAGGAAGCUAGAAAGAAAAGGAUGGCUCGGCAAAAAAGGCUUUCAUCGCAUCCAAGGCAUCAUCAUCACCACAAUAACCAGCAAAACCAGAUGCCUAAUCAGAGUGUAGACCAGCAUUUAACAUUUGGUUUUGAUAGUUGCAAACCUGCUGCUCAAGGCAACACCAGAAACUGGGUCUUCUGGCCCUCUCCUGCAGAUGGUGCAGCCUCGGGCACGCCGAUGCUGCCUGUAGAGAGAUCUUCCAUGCAACCGCAGAAUUACCAGCGGCAGGUUGCUCCGGAUAGGAGACAGGGUUGGAAGCCGGAGAGGAGCCUGAGGUUUUUGUUGCAAAAAGUACUGAAGCAGAGCGACGUGGGUAACCUUGGAAGAAUCGUGUUGCCAAAAAAAGAAGCAGAAACUCAUCUCCCUGAACUGGAAGCAAGAGAUGGCAUUUCUAUUGCCAUGGAAGACAUUGGAACUUCUCGUGUCUGGAACAUGCGCUAUAGUUUCAGAUUCUGGCCAAACAACAAAAGCAGGAUGUAUCUCCUUGAAAACACAGGAGAUUUUGUUCGAGAAAAUGAACUUCAAGAAGGAGAUUUUAUAGUCAUAUACUCAGACAUCAAAUGUGGAAAAUAUUUGAUACGAGGAGUAAAGGUACGGCAACCAGGGCCAAAAUCUGAGACAAAGAGGCCAAGAAAAUCGCAGAGAAGUCAGCAUGCAAGCUCUCCAGCCACCACGGGAAUCGGUUCGGCAUCUUCACCCAUCCCUCAAACAGUAAAGUAAGAGAGAAGAGAGAAACAGCCAACAAACCCUCGCCACCUUCUUGUCAUGCAUGGAAGUGAUUGGACAAAUGGAGGGUCAGGAUUAUGUGGGGUUUUCUCAGAUCCCAUCUCAACUGUGGGGGCUACUAAAGGGGCUUCCCUUCAACUCCGGUGAAUGGUUCUUCUGAAUAAUAUUAUAAAAGUGCAGAUUUUCUGUAAUGUGCAUUAUUAUAUGGCGUGUGCCAUUUUAAGGCAUAAAAUUAUGUUUAUUGUGAAUGUUAAUAAUACUUUUGGCAUUACGUGAGAUAUAUAAUACAUAUAUUUAAUUA